AUGCCGUUUGGAUUAAAGAAUGCAGGUGCAACCUACCAACGAAUGGUGAAUCGGAUGUUUGCAGCCUUAAUCGGCAAAAAUAUGGAAGUCUACGUAGACGACAUGCUGGUAAAGAGUCGAAAGAACGAGCGACACGAGGAGGAUUUGGCAGAAGCGUUCGACAUCUUGCGAAAGUACAAGAUGAAGUUGAAUCCCACCAAAUGCACGUUUGGAGUGACCUCAGGCAAGUUCCUGGGAUUUUUAGUGCACCAAAGGGGAAUCGAAGUCAAUCCAGAUAAGAUCAAARCUGUUCUGGASAUGGAUCCACCURAAACUCUAAAGCAGCUGCAGGGACUCAAUGGAAGGAUAGCAGCACUMAACAGAUUCGUUAGCCGUUCCACUGACAAGUGCCUACCAUUCUUCARAAUCUUAMGGAASAAAGGACAAUUUGAAUGGACGGAAGAGUGCGAGGCUGCCUUUAAGGAGCUGAAACARWACCUAGGGGCAGCUCCACUCCUCGCAAAGCCGAUCGUGGGUGAURAGCUCUACUUAUACUUAGCUGUAUCCAACACUGCGGUGAGUUCCGCGUUAAUAAAGGAAGAAGAUGGACGACAGUCCCCAAUUUACUACACAAGCAAAGCAAUGGUAGAUGCAGAACUUAGAUACCCACCAAUGGAGAAGCUGGCAUUGGCAUUGGUCACUUCAGCUCGGAGACUACGCCCGUAUUUCCAAGCUCACAAAAUAAUGGUCCUCGCCAACUUUCCCUUACGACAGAUCUUACAAAAGCCAGAAACUUCUGGACGACUGGUAAAGUGGGCUGUAGAGCUCAACGAGUACGACAUUCACUAUAAGCCAAGAACUGCCAUGAAAGGGCAAGUUGUGGUAGACUUCAUAGCGGAAUUAACACCAAUAGAGCCUCAAGUAUAUAGUAUCGACCCACAAGUGGUUGAGGAAGAACAACUCUGGACACUCUACGUAGAUGGGUCCUCAAAUUUUCGGGGAUGCGGGGCAGGACUCCUACUAAUCUCUCCAGAUAAAGAAAGAUUCGAAUAUGCGCUGCAAUUCAACUUUCAUGCAUCCAACAACGAAGUCGAGUACGAAGCUCUACUAGCAGCACUAAAAGUGUACAGGUACGUUGGGGUCAGGAACAUACUAAUACUUAGUGAUUCACAGCUGAUUGUGGGUCAGGUGAAAGAGAAGUUCCAGGCUAGAGAACUGCGAAUGGCGAAAUACCUUUCACAAGUAAGAAACCAGCUCGACCAGUUCUCAAAAUAUGAGAUUCGACAAAUUCCACAUGCUCAAAACGUCAACGCCGAUGUGUUAGCUCGACUAGCUGUGGCUUAUGAAACCGACUUAGGCAGAACUGUACCGGUCGAGAUUCUACCCGGGCCAAGCAUAGAAGCUCAGGAAGCCAUGGAUAUCGACAAUCAAGGGCAACCAGAAGAAAACUGGAAGAGCCCUUUGAUCAAAUAUUUGAAAGAUGGGAUCCUGCCUACUGAAAAGAUAGAGGCCCAGCAACUACAACGACGAGCGGCCAGAUAUGUGCUUAAAGACGACAAUCUGUACAAAAUAGGCUACUCGUUGCCGCUUUUAAAAUGUCUAACGCCCGAUGAAGCCGACUACGUCAUGAGAGAGAUACAUGAGGGUGUUUGUGGGAGCCAUUCUGGAGCACGAUCCCUAAGUCACAAAAUAAUUCGACAAGGGUACUACUGGCCGACCAUGCUGAAUGACACGAAGMAAUUCACCAAAAAAUGCGACAAAUGCCAACGGUUUGCAACCGUACCUAGACAACCGCCAGAGCCUCUGACAAGCAUAAUGAGUCCAUGGCCCUUUGCUCAGUGGGGAAUAGACCUUAUAGGGCCUCUCCCACUAGGAAAGGGCCAGACCAAAUUUGCAGUAGUGGCAGUCGAUUAUUUUACUAAGUGGGCCGAAGCCAAAGCCCUAGCGACAAUUACUGAGAAAAAGGUCACCUACUUCAUCUGGAAGAACAUAAUUUGCCGCUUCGGAAUACCCUACGCCAUUAUCAGUGAUAAUGGGAAGCAGUUCGACAAUGCUGCCUUUCGAGAAUUUUUCAGGGAGUUGGGCAUUAAGCACAUCUGUUCCUCGCCAGCACAUCCGCAGGCUAAUGGGCAGGUUGAAGCAGUCAACAAAGUUAUCAAAAGAACUCUGAAGACCAGAUUAGAAAAGCUCAAAGGGUUGUGGGCAGAGGAACUUCCCAACGCAUUAUGGGCAUACASAACGACACCUUGUACUUCGACAGGAGAAACGCCAUUUUCAUUAUCAUUUGGCUCUGAAGCGGUAGUGCCAGUCGAGAUCGGACUCCCUUCCCCAAGGGUAGAGCAGUUCACUCUACUUGACAACAACGAAUCCGUAAAGCUCAACCUCGACCUAUUAGAAGAACAUCGAGAAACAGCACGACUACGAACGGCUGAAUACAAAAAUCGAAUAGCUCGAUACUACAACUCGAAGGUCAAGAAACGUGACUUUAAAGAAGGUGAUYURGUGUUAAGAAAGGUUAUGCCCAAUACAAAAGAUUCAACUAGYGGUGCGCUCGGGCCAACAUGGGAGGGMCCAUACAAARUCACUAAAGURGUGCGAAUAGGCACUUAUGCUUUAGAAGACCAGCGGGGGAAGGCCUUACUACACCCRUGGCACRCMCAACACCUYAAAAGAUACUACCACUAG